AUGACGCGAGUCCUCUGGAUGCGGCCCUUGUUGCUGAUAUGUCUAACGAUCGUGCUGAUACACUACGGCGCCCAAGCGUACGAUCCAACUGACAAGGAGAUCCCCAAUAUCAUCCCACCCACGGGAACGUUUGAGGCGUUCUAUCCACGCGAGAUGUACGGCGUGAAGAACGGAAAUUCAAGGCCUGCCCACGCCCACGGUAGUUUCUACGCGCACCGUAAUCCGGCCCUGGUGGAAGUGCGUAAUGCAGCCGCAUAUGGAUUCCGGUUCGAUGGCAAACGCCGAUUUAAUUUUGAUUAG